GCAGACGCUCAUGCCUGGCGUCCUGGAGGAGCCAGACUCUAUCACUUUUAAAGAGCAUGAUUUCUAGCUGAGGAGCCUCGGCCAGGGACACACACCAGAUGGCCAAGAGGAGGAACAAAUUUCUCCAGGAGUGAAUGACAGCAAUCUACUGCAGCAGAUCUGGUUCAUGAAGUCACCCUAACCUAUUCCCCUUUAAACCCAAGAGAUAAAGCUUAGCCCCACCUCCAUCAUCACCCUCCUGAAGGAAGCAGCCAAUGAGAGAAUACACCCCCCCCCCCUUCCUUUUACUGGUCCUCAGGGUCAGAUAAAUUACCUUAAUGAGCUAAAAUAACAAACCUUAGACAAGUUGAAAAACCUCCAAUUCAGCAUAACAGAACACUUGCCUGAUAGAAAAGUCAAAGCAGUAAAGAGAACAUCCACAGGCAUCAUUCAUGAAGCUCUAGAGAACAUAUCCACCAAUAAACCUUCUUCCCAGAGUUCUCUCUUCUGCUCUAUAAAGCCCAAACACUGCACCAGGACACACAGUCUUUAUCCGCAGGAGAGACCCGAGUUCUUCAGUUGUUCUGAUCAGAGCAUUAUCUGUCGCUGUAGAUACUGCUCUACACCUUUCUUUAUUUCCAGUUCUCCUCUGUCAGUUCCAGUAAAACACCCUUUCCCAGCACAGAAAUGACUGGCAGAGACAAGGAUCUACUGCUCUCAAACUCGGAGCAGCGACAGAAGAGAAAACGAAAGCGGGACCAGUGCAAGCUGCACAAUCAAGCAUCCUCUGAGGGUUCUAUGGCCGUGGAAGAAGCCCAGUCCCAGAAGGCGAGAGGCACAGAGGAGGCUCAGCAAAAGGGUCAACAGGUCUUGGACCCCAAGAGAAAGCAGAUGGAUCUGGAGCCACAGCAGACCAAAGCCCCAGCAGAGAAGGACUUAAUGAUAAGCUCAACGAUCACGCCCUAUGUGGAUACCCACCAAGGAUCCUCACAACUACUGAGUUCAGAACAUAAAUGUCGGAGACCAAGUUGGACUUUAGAUUCUGAGCAUGAUAUAUGUGGAUCUGUUGAGUCUGGAUUCGGUAGUGACAGUGCAAUAAUGCCAUCCUCUGUGGGUUCUUCACGAAUGAGCUCAGGGUAUGGAUAUUGGAGUCCAAUUAAGAAAUCAGACUAUAAGAAGCUGUUUGAUGAUACAGGGAAUUCUGAGGAGUCUGGAUUCAAAACCCAAGAAAAGGAGUCUGAUGAGGAGUGCAAGGAGGACUACUCACAACUGGCAUCCCUGGCUCCCUUCAAUCCAUAUUCUCCUGCCUCUUCAAGAGACAAGUGUGUGGAACCACUGUGGACUGAAGACGACUUCUGGGGCCCUACAGGGUCUGUCGCUAUUGAGGUGAUUGACAGAGAGAGGAACCUGUACCGAGUCCAGUUCCCUGUGAAUGGUUCCUACCACUGCCCCAGCAUAGGACUCCACUUUGUGGUGACAAGGGCAGUGACCAUUGAGAUUGGAUUCUGUAGUUGGAGCCAACACCUGGACAAGACUCCCUUGCAGGACAGUCACAUGGUGGCUGGACCUCUGUUUGACAUCAAGGCUGAGCGGGGAGCUGUGGCUGCUGUGUACCUCCCUCACUUUGUGGAUCUCCAAGAGGGUCAGGUGGACGUCUCCUGGUUCGGUGUGGCCCACUUUCAAGAAUAUGGGAUGGUCGUAGAAACUCCAGCCAGGGUGGAGCAGGGCUACACAAUCUUGGAAAACCCAAGCUUCUCCCCAGUGGGAGUUCUACUGAGGAUCUACCUUACCAUCAGGAGCCUCGUCCCCAUCACUCCCAUCACAUUGAUCUACUAUCACAUCAAUGUCGAGGAAGUCACCCUUCAUCUCUACCUGGUCCCCAAUGACUGCACCGUUCGGAAGGCCAUUGAUGAUGAAGAAAUGAAGUUUCAGUUUGUUCGAAUAAACAAACCACCCCCACUAGGUUAUCUUUUCAUCGGGUCCCGCUACACAGUGUCUGCUUCCAAGAAGCUGGAAAUCAUCCCUGAGGAGUUAGAGCUGUGCUACCGGAGCCCCGGGGAAUCCCAGCUCUUCUCUGAGAUCUAUGUUGACCACAUGGGUUCAGGGAUUAAACUGCAAAUCAUAGACAAGAAGAGUAAGAAACUUAUAUGGGAAGCCUUGCUGAAACCAGGGGAUCUCAAACCUGCACAGCUCAUGAUGCCUGCAGUUCAAAAAGAUAUUCCUGCCUCACUACACUUCGUGGACCAGCCUAGGGAGCAGCUGGUGGCCCGAGUGACAUCAGUGGACCCUCUCUUGGACAAGCUGCUGCAGUGUCUGGUGCUGAGGGAAGAGGAGUAUGAAGCAGUACGGGCUGAAGCCACCACCCAAGACAAGAUGCGGAAGCUCUUCAGCUUCAGGCGCUCCUGGACCAGGGCCUGCAAAGACCAAGUCUACGGAGCUCUGAAGGAGACCCAUCCUUACCUGAUAAUGGACCUCCUUGAGAAGUCGAGCAGUGUCUUGGUGGGAUCCUGACAUCUUAGUGGCUGAGGUGUGGGCAUUCAAGUGAUUCCUGGCUCUGCUCUGCCCUAAGUUCCCAAAUCUAUAACCCAGUGAGCACCUGAGUUACUUUUCUGGUGGCAUUUUUUCCAAGAGACCUCUUGGGGACCCAGAUAUUCCCUCUUGGCCUUUCCCAGACAUAUGUUCAUGUGGGAUGGACAUCUCAGUAAACAUCCAGUAGAACCACCAAGUCAUUCAGGCCUUGUCCAAGCCAGGUUUGUGCCCACCUGAUCUUCCAUGAUUCAAACAGGACUGAGGAACAUGGGAAUGGAGACAAAAGAUGGUACUUUUCCAUGAAAAGGAAAGGAAGAGGGCUUCUUAAACAUUUCCUAUUCCUUUUACCCAAAUAAUUUUUAUGUAAUUCUGGGUAUGAAGAUAU